CUCACUGCACUCUUUUGGAAAACCUCCUUUAUUUAUAAGCUAGUGUGUAUAGUAAAACAUGGAAGAGACCAUGGAGAGGUUAUCAUCACCUCCUAAGAAUGAAGAGAAAACAAUGUGUUUCUAUGUUUUCCAUCCAUGCUCUUGUCUUAAAGAAGCACUCGUCACUUUCUUCAAGUGUUUAGGUUUUGAGUCCACACAAAUCAAAGAAGAGGAAAACUCAUCAACAUCACUACUCAAACAUCAUGCAUGUUCAUCUGAUUCUAUUGUAGACUCAGAAGAUUUAUAUAACUCUUCAAGUAGCAAUCGGAAACACUCACAAGAAGGUGUUGCAGAUUCACCAACCACAUCCACUCAAACCCUUAAUUUAAGUUCAAUGGGAAGAGGUGGUCCUCGAAGAACUCCACUUACCAAAGAUCCAUCACCUGGCCAUAAUUAAUAUUAUAUAGUUCAACUUCUCAGAUGUAAUUAAGUGUGUGGUACUUUCGAAGGUGUUUUCCAUAGUCAGGAUCUCAGAAUAAAUUUGUAUAUGCAGAUUUUUCCUAUGAAGUAAUAGUUCUAAAGUAGUCUUCUAGCUAAACAUAGCUUUGUCUUCUUCAACUUUUUCUGAUUAGUGUUUCUUUUUUACUUUGCCUUAUUGUCCUUAGAGUUUUAUAGGCAUGGAAAUUAACUGCUCAAAAUAUAUAUAGGAAUCCUGGCCUGUGUAAAUCCAUGUAAAAAUAUAAUACAGCAAGCUUGCUCUUUUUUUA